UCAUCAUUUGCCAUUUCCUUUGUACUUGCUGGCAUUUAUGUUACGAGUUGGCGUGUUUAUUUUCAGUAAAGCAAACCCAUUUGGUUUUUACGGUGAGUGUGGGGGAAGGGUGGUUAAGUGGAGAAAAGGGACCAUGUCCCUCCCUCCUUUCCCUCCUCGAUCUCCCUCCCUCCCUCCCUCCCUCCCUCCUCCCUCAUUCCCUCUUCUUGCCUUCCACUCACUCUCUCCUCCGCUCACACCAACACUGGCUUUCAGCACCAUCUGACGGUUACAUCCUCCUGUCUCGGCGGCACCUGACAUCCCAGCUGCAGGGAACCUUCUUUUGUGUCUCCACAGCGGACGCCUCGAUCUCCUCUAGUUGUGGAGGAGCAUGGACGUGAUGGGCAACAGAGAGCGGCGAGGCGUGACUUUCAAAGGCUUGCUGAAAAAGAACUGGCUCCUGAUUGCCACAGUUUUGUCAGUGGUGCUCGGCAUCACUCUUGGCGUCGCAGUCAGGGAAUAUGCUACGCUCUCCAAUCUCCACAAACAGUACUUCGGUUUCCCGGGGGAAAUCCUCAUGCGUAUGCUGAAGCUGGUCAUUCUUCCUCUCAUCAUAUCGAGCAUGAUUACAGGUGUUGCAGCCUUGGACUCUGAAGUAUCCGGAAAGAUAGGCUUGCGGGCUGUUAUCUAUUACUUCUCAACAACCAUCAUCGCAGUCAUACUUGGAAUUAUUUUGGUGAUGACCAUCAAACCAGGAGUGUCUCAGACAGCAGACCACAUUAGCAGAGCUGGGACAACACCCAAUGUUACCACAGUGGAUACACUCCUGGACCUCAUCAGAAACAUGUUUCCAGAAAACCUGGUGCAGGCUUGUUUCCAGCAGUACAAGACCAAACGCAAAGAGCUGGAUCCUCCAGAAGUGGAAGUGAAUGCUACGACCAUUCCACCUCUGACUACUACGAUCAUGGCAACAGUGGAGAACAUCACCAAAGACUAUAAAAUUGUCGGAUCGUACUCAGAUGGAAUCAACGUGUUGGGUCUUAUCGUCUUCUGUGUGGCUUUUGGCCUCGUCAUUGGGAAGAUGGGUGAAAAAGGACGCAUUCUCCUGGACUUUUUCGACGCUUUGAAUGACGCAACCAUGAAACUGGUUCAUAUAAUUAUGUGUUACAUGCCAAUCGGGAUCAUGUUCCUCAUUGCUGCCAAGAUUAUCCAGGUGGAAGACUGGGAGAUCUUCCGAAAGAUGGGUCUGUACAUGGUGACGGUGCUGAGUGGCCUCGCAAUCCACGCCAUCGUGUGUCUGCCACUCCUUUACUUCAUCAUUGUGAGGAAGAAUCCCUUGACGUUCACUCUAGGAAUGGCUCAGGCUCUGGUGACGGCACUCAUGAUCGCCUCCAGCUCCGCAACUCUACCCGUUACCUUCCGAUGCGCCGAGGAGAACAACCACAUUGACAAGAGGAUCACUCGCUUCGUGCUCCCCGUGGGCGCCACCAUCAACAUGGACGGCACGGCUCUUUAUGAAGCCGUGGCUGCCAUCUUUAUUGCCCAGCUCAAUGACUAUGCUCUGGAUGUAGGGCAGAUAGUUACCAUCAGUAUCACAGCAACAGUUGCCAGUAUUGGAGCAGCAGGAGUGCCCAAUGCAGGCCUUGUCACAAUGGUGAUAGUUUUAACGGCUGUAGGAUUACCAGCAAGUGACGUUACUUUGAUCGUAGCCGUGGACUGGCUCCUAGAUCGGUUCCGUACGAUGAUCAAUGUGCUGGGUGACGCUUAUGGUGCUGGUAUCGUUCAAAAGUUGUCCAAGAGGGAACUGGAGAAAAUGGAUCUGGUUUCAGAGGUAGAUGUCGCCAACCCUUUCGCGCUGGAAACCACCCUGGACGACGAGGAGUGCGAGAAGAAGUCCUACGUGAACGGAGGCUUCACCGUCGAUAAGACAGAUGCCAUCUCAUUCACCGAAACCUCGCAGUUUUAGCCCUGGCCGCCACAGAGGAGCAGCGAAAGUGCCACGCCACCGACGGAUGUAAAGCAGAGAGCUUUCUAUUAUAUAUUAGCAUCAUGAUGCUCGAGGAAAUCGAUCAAGUCUGACCCAUCAAAGCUCAAACAUCAGCAAUAGCAACCUCCAGAUGGAGACGAUCACCCUUACGUUUACAACCAUGACUAGGUUAAAGUGCUUCCCUCUUUUUACAAAUUGUGCCAAGGUAAAAAGGUGUAUUUUUCCGAGCAGGAAGUCCUCUUACAGAGAUGCACUUGAGAGAAAGACGGUGUGUAUGGGGCUUUUCUUUUGAAAGUAUGUUAUAUAUAGUUGCAGUAAACACGCACUUGGAUGGGACACUUAAAGGGUGGUUCCGGAUUUUCAAAGUAUGAUUGUGUGGUGUACUAACCUAGACUUGGCUCAAGAGGUCAAUGGUGCCCUCCCUUGACCCAUAUAUAUAUAUAUAUAUAUAUAUUUAUAUAUAUGUAUAUAUAUAUAUUAUUUUCAUGUUGCAACACUGUCCCCGCCCAACAAAGGGCGCCAUGGGUGUUGCCUAUGCCAGUCUACUUUAUUGGUUCCAGUGCGGAAAAAAUAGCCGCCAACAGAGCACCAAACGUCAUAAAAAUGUUAAUCUUUAACUUCAAAUUUAAAUAGCUGUUGUGUUGCCAACCUGGUCGUUAAAACUACCACUACCACUCAGCAAAAACAUGUGCUUGCUACCAGCUUAAGCAAUUUUGCCGACAUAGAUCAGAUUACAGUUUGGCACCCUCUACUGACUCCUCUUUGAAUUUUUAUUUUUAAUAUUAUUUAUUUUUUAAGAUUUUACAGCAUCGCCCCCUCCAGCAGACGGCAACCUAGGUGACUCCCUGUAUGACCAUCAUUUUUUUUUUACAUCCUGACACCCACGAAUUUUUCAAUUGACUGCUGCCUACAAAACUUCAAACAUACGUCAACCAUUUGCCACCCCCCAGGGGACAGAAUGUUUUUUCACACUCCCAACCAUAUUGAAAUACCAUUGAGUGCCUGGUAAUAAUUAUUUAUUUAUCUGUGUAAAACACUCUGGCACCAUGAUUCUGCAUACAAUCCCCUGAUUAUCAAAACGGAUGGUGCCAUCUAGUGGCAGGAGGCUUGUUUAUCGUGUGUUGGGGAGGCGCGCCCCCACUAUUUGAGAAGCACUGGGUUAGUACAACUUAGCGUCUACUCUGAAAAAAACUGAACUGCUCCUGUUUUGUGCUAUAUUCAGGCACCCGUUCCUACAUGUCCCAUGAUGCACUGCUUGUAUAUCUAUCUGUAUAAUUAAACCGUGCCAAACAACAAUAUAAGGAGUUUUUCGCCGAGUUGCAUGAGGUAAUAUGUAAAAGGAAUAAGGAUAGCUGGCUGCAGACUGAUUUUUUUUCUUAAGAGAUGGGAGAAGUUUGACAAGUUAGGAAGUCAAUGAACACUGUGAAAUCUUUUGUUUUGUCAGAAUUAAACCGGUAACAUGUAAUGUUGCAUUGCAAAAAAAAACAAAAUACUUCUAGUAUCUGUAUUCCGGCAUGUGUUAGAUGCCACUAAUGGUACAUUCUCAAACCAGACGACUUUUUCUGUCACGCUCAUAGAUUUAUAUGUAAAUAAUGUAUCUUUGUGCUUUUCGACAACACUGCUGCUGUUCUUUUUUUUUUAAUGUUUUUUUUUUUUUUUUUAACCUCUAAAACGAAUACAGGCGCUAUGUAGUUUAGCUGUCGCGCAAGUGCAUGGCAAGCUUUUCUUCUAAGCAAAAUUUAGCUGUUCCCAUAACACCUCCCCUUGCCCCCCCCCCCCUCUCCUUCACUGCGAUCCAUUUCUUCUCUUGUAAUUCUACAGAGUCUUUGCCAAAACAGCCGCCCAGUCAGCAAGACACUGGUACAAAGUGUAUUUCCUUCAAUGUAUUCUUUUAAAACAAGGUGCAGAAAACGUAGGCUUGGACGCGUAACAGCACAAUUAUAGCACUUUAACAAAGAGCCGCUGCAGCGAUUUUUAUUUCUACCUUCUUUAUUGCCGGCCUAUAUCAAAAGUUAAUGGUUGUUACAUUGGGAGCGGUACGGUCAUUUAUGGAAUUUUAGAAACACUGACUUUGGGAAUUUAAGUAACCCCAUUUGUAAGAAACACAGAGCAAUUAUUUAAACCUGUGAUAAACCACCCCCC